AAAGUAAUUACUAAUGCAAAACAAAGGCUUCUUCCUUCUCUCUAUCUCAGUGCUAUAAAUAUCUCACAUGUCUAGCUCUUGCUUUCACAGAUACCAUCACUAAGUUAACUUCGAUCACAUUCUUCAUACUCUUGUAAAAAUAUUAUAAGGUAGUAAUGAAUCCAAGUGUAAUAACCAAAUUAGAAGGAACUCUGUUAAUAUUCAAAUCCACUUUUCCAUAUUUUAUGCUUGUAGCUCUAGAAGCAGGUAGUCCAUUAAGAGCUCUUAUUCUACUCUUGAUAUCACCUCUCCUUUGGUUCUUGGAAAGUAUUUGCUUGGAAGAUGCUUCUGUUCACCUUAUGAUCUUCAUUUCCUUGGUGGGUCUUAAGGUUUCGGACGUAAAAUCAGUUGCAAAAGCUGUUCUUCCUCGAUUUUUCUUGGAAAAUAUUCAAGAAAAUACUUAUAAAGUGUUUUCAAGUUGUGGGGGAAAGAAGUAUGUUUCAAGUUCACUUCCUAGGAUAAUGAUUGAUCCAUUUCUUCGUGAAUAUUUGAGUUCGGAUUUUGUCAUUGGUACUGAAUUGAAGACCUUGGGUGGGUUUAGCCUUGGAUUAGUGGCUUCACCGGGGCUCGUGACUGGGGAUUCCCAAUAUGAAACCAUUAGCAAAAUUCUUGGAGACGAUAAGAAGAUCGAUUUAUGGCUUGGUAAUGAGCCUGAAACUGAUUCAUCUGUGUUUUUCUGUCAGGAACAAUACAUUCUUCCAGCUGACUCAUCAACAACAACAUGCUUACAAAGAAAGGAUUAUCCUAAACCCUUGAUCUUUCAUGACGGGCGUCUUGUUGCACGGCCUACACCGUUGGAUUCCCUGGCUGUUUUUCUAUGGCUACCGUUGGGAGUUUUUCUGGCUGUUUCUCGGUUUUUGAUCGGAAGAAUAAUGCCAUACAAUUACGGUUUAAUGGUUGCAGCAACUACUGGUAUGAAAAUCCGUGCUAAACUCCCUUCAGAAUCACAUACCAGCGAAAAGCAUGCUCCAUACUCACGGUGCAUCUGCGGGUCUUGCGACCCUGGCCAAUUUGGUGCAUUAAACACACUGUAUGUGUGUUCACAUCGAACGUUAAUUGAUCCCGUGAUUCUGUCAUCCACAUUGAAACGAAAUGUUAUGGCUGUUACUUACAGUCUUAGCAAGAUCUCUGAGAUUUUAGCACCCAUAAGAACUGUCCGGUUAAGCCGUGACCGUGUUAAAGAUGGAGAUUUGAUGAGGAAAUUACUUACGAAGAGUGAUUUGGUGGUUUGCCCAGAGGGAACUACGUGUAGGGAACCUUACCUGUUGCGAUUCAGUCCCUUAUUCUCAGAAAUUGCAGAAUCUAUUGUGCCAGUAGCUGUAUCAGCCAAAGGCAGCAUGUUUUAUGGAACUACCGUGAGGGGAUACAAGGCGUUGGAUUCCUUCUUCUUCUUAAUGAAUCCUAGCCCUCAUUAUCAUCUCGAGUUCUUGGAAAAGAUAUUGAGGGCUCCCAAGUGCGGGACUUCGGGAAGGUCUAGCUAUGAAAUCGCCAAUCUCGCACAGAAAAUGAUUGGACAGGCAUUAGGGUUUGAAUGUACCAAUCUCACACGCAGGGAAAAAUAUAGAAUUCUGGCUGGCAAUGAUGGUAUUUGUUCGGAGUAGCAAUGGUGAUAUCAAUAGCUUCGCUCCAACAUGUGUUUGCAUUUGAGUGUGGGUGGUGUGAGAUGGGAAGUACAGUGUAAGCUGAAUAUAAAAAGAGUAACCAUGGAUAUGAAUAUAGUAUAUGACCACUUUUGGCUUUCUUGUUUCUCUCCUGUUUUUCUUGUCACUUUUCCUUUUGUUUUUGGGAAUUUUAGUCCAACUCUAUUGUAGUUUGAAGAAAGGGAAAAGAAAGUUAUGUAGAUCAUCUAAAAAUAUCUGAAAGUUGUAAAUUUCUAUCGUUAAACCUCA